AUGGAUCUUCGUCUUACUAUGGCUGAUCCACUUCGUGCUUGGGCUGUUAAAAAGAAAACGACGUUGGGUCCCAUUGCUGGUGCUGUAGCAGUGAUUUGGAUCAUUUCACGCUUGCAAGGAUAUGUAACUGCUAGCAAAAGCAGCAACAGCAAGCUUCCCUCUCCAAGGUUUGCUCUUCCAUAUUUCGGCCAUCUUUUUAACUUGGGACCCAAUACUAUUGAGACAUUUGGUCAUUGGCAUAAACGUUAUGGGCCAAUCAUCCUUAUCCAAAUGGGUGUCAAGCAAAUGGUCAGCAUAUCUGAUCCCUUUAUUGCACAAGAAGUGUUGGGAACCAAUGGUAGUUUGGCAGCAAAUAGGCCAUACAACAAGUACAUGACGAAGCUGUUUGGUAAAAAUGGGAGAGGGGUUGUCUUUGCCGAAACUAAGAGCAAAUCAUGGAGGAAGGCACGCGGCAUUGCAACGACUAUUCUUGGACCGAACAACGUGAACAAAAAGCUUCCCGAAAUGGGCAACGAAACCGAGGAACUGGUUAAUGCUCUCGCGACUGGAAAAAACAUCGAUCCAUCUGAUCACAUUUUGCGUUUAUCGCUCAACUAUAUGCUGCUCAACUGCUUUGGUAUACGUGCAGCAUCUACGGAUGAUCCAAUCUUCAAAAAAUGUGUAUACCUUAUAAAGUAUACCAUGGUGUACACGGGUAUCAAGUAUAUGAUCUCUGAAUACCUUCCAGUGUUGUCAUUCCUUGAUUACUUGAUCGGUGGCGAGAAAACUUACGCAAUGCAUAUCGAGAAGGAGCGUGAUGCAUGGCUCCGAGAAUGGAUGUUGAAUGCCCAUAAUGAUGGAAAAGAUUGCAUGGCAACGGCGUUGCUAGAAUCGGUGCAUCAUGGUGACAUUGAUGAAGCCACAGCCAUUGUGACACUGGCUGAUCUCCUUUUUGCUGGUACGGAUACCGCCGCCGUGACUAUUGGAUGGGCAUUUGGCAUCUUGUCAGUGAAACCAGAUGUUCAACGCAAGAUACAACAAGAGCUCGACCAUUUUAUUGAGACCCAUAAGCGGAUGCCAAUCUUUACCGAUCGAGAUCAAUUCCCAUACAUGAUCGCUGUUCAGAAGGAAUGUAUGCGUUUUCGACCCACCACACCUCUAGGAGUAACACAUGUCGCAUCUGAGGAUAUUGUAUGGCGAAACAAAAUCAUUCCAAAAGGUGCUAUCAUCGCGUCCAACAUGGUUGCUAUGCAUAAGAAUCCUGAUGUGUAUCCUGAACCACACGUCUUUCGACCCGAACGCUUCCUCGAUAAGACAGAGACAUUUACAGCAUCAGCUAAAUCGAAAAUUGAGGAUCGUGAUCAAUACAACUUUGGUUGGGGAAGACGUUUAUGCCCUGGAAGCUAUCUGGCUGAAGUUCACAUGUUCAAUGCAUUUACCCAUGUCUUUGCGCGAUGCACGAUUGAGCCGCGGGUGGAUGAUGAAGGUUGUCCUGUGCCUUUAGACCUCGAAAGAUUUCUCCCACAGCCAGAGGUGGUGAUUGUUACCGCGCACCCGCCAUAUCAAGUCCGUUUCGUACGUCGUACGGAAAAAUCAGCUUAG